AUGUUGCCAUACAAGUUGGUAUUUGGGAAAGCGUGUCAUUUACCGGUGGAGUUAGAGCAUAGAGCUUGGUGGGUGUUGAGACAGUUGAAUCUCGAUAUUGAAGCUGCGGGAGUAAGUAGAGUAAUGGAGUUGCAUGAGCUUGAUGAAUUCAGAUAUCACGCUUUUGAGAGCACCACAUUGUACAAGGAGCGAAUGAAGAUGAUGCAUGAUAAAAAUAUUAUUGAGCGGAGUUUUAAACCCGGAGAUAGGGUAUUGAUAUACAACUCAAGAUUGAGGUUAUUUCCGGGCAAAUUAAAGUCAAGAUGGUCAGGUCCAUUUCAUGUAGUUGAAAUUCAUCCCACUGGUGCCGUCGAGAUAGCUGUAGAAAAUGACUCUCGCAUGUUUAGAGUCAAUGGACACGAUUAA